AUGGCGUCCCGAGAAUUGUGCCAACAAGACACUGCUAUUGCCUCGCCCUCCACGGGCGAAGGGUAUGUCUACCUGCACGACGAGGCACGCACGCACUCACUUCAGCAGCAUCGCCGCCUCACGUCGUCGCAAAGCAUGAGCCAAUUGGACUCGAUGCUCGUUGAAGAACAAGUGAAAUCCCUGAAGCCGUCGCGGGCGUUUGACAUCACGGUGGCGAUUGCGUUGCUCGGUGCGAUUCAGUUUGGUUGGCUCAUGUCCGAACUCAACUACAAACAGUACCACAUCAAACAAGUUUGUCAACUGCCAGUGCCUGUCAUCGACAAGAAGUUUCCAGACUACUGCGUCCUCUUCAGGGGCCACUCGCACCACGAAUGGGUCAUGACGACCACAGCGUGGGUCGUGGGCGGUGGCAUCGGUGCACUGGGAAGUGGCCUUCCAGCUGACGUGAUGGGGCGAAAAAAAGGGCUUGCGCUCAAUGCUUUCCUCAUGAUUGCUGGGGCCAUCGUCCAAGCUGCGUCUGGCACGAUUUAUGUCCUUGCCCUUGGUCGUUUUGUGUCCGGCAUUGCUUCGGGAGGCACGAUCAACAUCUCGAACGUCCUCAUCAGUGAAAUCACCCCGCUUAACAUGCGCGGCUUCUUUCUAACCGGGCUCCAAGUCGGCAUCUCGUUUGGCGUGCUGCUUGUCACGACUGUACAUUAUGGCAUGACGUCGGAAGCGUUUACAUGGCGAAUUCUCGUGGGGGCGCCGCUCUUGAUCGGGGUGUUGCAGCUGGUGUUGCUGCCGUGGAUGGAAGAAAGCCCGGUGUGGCUCGUUGCCAAGAAUAAACUCACGCUCGCCCACACGGCGCUCGUCAAGCUGUACCUCCCUCACGACUCCGACGUCAUCUUGGCUGCGAUGGUUGCCGCUCACACGGACGAGGCGAGUGAAUUCUCCGCCUCCCGACGGCGCUGGACCGUUCUGUUCACAAACAAAUACCGCAAGCAGCUCGGAAUCGCGUGCGUCCUGUGCGCGAUGCAGCAACUCUGCGGCAUCAAUGCCAUCAUGUACUACUCGGCGUCCAUCUUCAACAGCAUUGGUAUCCAUGACCCGCGGUACGCCAACACGAUUGUCGCCGUCGCCCGGAUGCACGACAUUGUGUUUGCCGCAAAGGUGUUGGAUCGAUUCAACCGCCGCACGUUGCUGCUGUACGGGAUGUUCAUCAUGGCGCUGUGUGGCGGAAGCCUCGUUCUGUGUCUCUGCCACGGCAACGACACACUCGCCCAGUACGGGGCCGUGGGUGUGCUCGUUGUGUUUGUGUCGGCGUACUGCCUGUCAAUCGGGCCGAUGUCGUGGAUGGUCGCGAACGAGCUUUUUCCCGACUACCUGAACGCCCGCGCCGGUGCGUUUGGCACGUUCUUCACGUGGGCCAGCAACUUUUUCGUGUCGGUUUAUUUCCCCCAAAUGGCGGACCCUGGUCAUCUUGGAAACUACGCGUUCUUGGUCUUUUCGGGUUUCCUCGUUGCCGCCGUCGUGUUUACGUACGUUUUCGUGCCCGAGACCAACCGCAAGACGUACAACGAAAUUCAGCAAGCGCUUGGCAUCGACGUACCCUCACCGACGGACGAACAUGGCGCCGCCACCCUCGACGACGUUUAUGACAAGCAUCAUCCUGUCACCGUAAUACCGUGACGGCAACCCCCCCCCCCGCGCGACCGCUCCAACCGCGUCGUGGCGCACUUGAAUUGAGAUGUGCUCCUGAGUGUCGAGGGGACAAUCCAGAUCGAAGCGACGUACGUACAGACAUUACCCGUGUGCUAGCCCCAGUGCAUUCAAUGAAGCUGUUGCACUGCCGAUAGACAAGGGGAGGGGGGCAUGCGCAAGUCGCAGUAGACAAAUCACAAAGGUUUAACUUGUGUUGUC